AACGCACAUUUUGUGCCAGGGAACUACAAACCAAAACAUGAAACAGCUGCAUAGUCGUCCAGACUGCUCAUUGGUCUAAACUGGCCACGUGAUAGCGACGUCAUGUAAGGUCCUAAAUUCUGCGUGUGCAAGUUUGCUUAUUCUCCGAAAAGACCAUGACCGAAAAGUUCCGAAAGAGAGCGGCAGUGGUGGUGAAGGAUUUGUGUCCGGGGCUGUCUCGGCAUCUCCUGUCUGUUUGUCCUGUUCCAAAAACAGUAGGACGUGGAAAAAAAGGAAUAUGCCGAUUCUGCUUCCAGAUUUUUACACCUGAUAAUCAUAAAGUUCGUCUGAGGCCAAAAAUGAAAAUAACACCGCGCAUUGAAAUCUUAUUAAAGAAAGAAGCAAAAUGCCACAGAUUAAACCUUAAGCAAACUAAACUCCUUAGGAAAUAUAAAUGUUCAAGAAGUGUACUGGUGGUUACAUGCAACACGUGUAAAAUGGUUUCCAAAUAUCCUGGGGAAAGCAGAAAUGGUCUUGCUAAUGGUCCGGGUACACCUAAAACAAAGAGGAAUUUUGGUUCUCCUGACCUGAGAACACCGGGAUCGAAUAGGAAGGUGAACCUUUCUUACAGCGAAGAGAAGCUUAGCUCGAAAAGCAAAAGCCCAGUACUAACACCCAGGUCAUGUGUUUCUGCUCAUUCCUCACCUGCCACAAUAACCAAGUCUGCAAAGAAGGGCAAAUUUCAAUUUUCCAGAUUAAAAAUGCUUCUUAGCCAAGAUGAAAAGGAACCAAGUAAAAAGGGGCAUUUACAAAAUUUCCUUACAUCUCUUACUUGAUGAAUAUUAAAUGUAUCUCUGUCUCUUGAUUUAUUGGACAUACAAAACCAUGUACAGUCAGUUAGAGAAACUUGAAGAUGAGAUUGAUGCACACGCAUUUGGAAUAUUGAUCUGCCUUUAAGACAAUUUAGAUAUAUUUUCUGUGUACAUGUAAGCUUUAAUUCUGUUCUUUUAUUUUGAGAAGUUUAUCUAAGAAAACACUUUCCUCGUGUUCUUCAUGAUAAAAUAAUAUAGUGAAGAGAACCGUAAUAAAGAUUUUUAUAUUUAAAA